AUGCAGCUUUCCAUCCAUUUUUACGUGUUUUUGAUCCAAAUUUCAUCGUCCUCAGCGAUUUCGCCCACGUGUACACCCACAGCACAAAGACCACAUAUUUUUGACCUCAACGAGAAUAUAGUCCAAACCGAAACACCGCAGCAAGCAGUUGACGAUGACGGAAACUUCGUCACACAUGGGUUCUAUUCAUCAUCAUCAAACCAACAACCUCAAAUCGGAAUCGAUAGACAUAUCAGUCAUGAUGACUACAUGAAUUCAUGGCGUUCAAAUCUCCAGAGGGAGGAUUAUAACAAUUUCAUCUCAUCAUCAACUCGACAACCAUCAAGUAGGAUUAUCGAAACGAUCAGUCCUGAGCACCUCAUGGAAUCAUCGUGGUUGCACACUACACCGGUAGUUCGCGUUGACAAAGACAGAGAUCUCGAGUCCAAACAGAGAAUUCAUGCAUCAAGCUCCGACAGCUCCCAAGAAGAAUCCUUUCCACCAUCAUCAUCACCUGAAACGGAUCAAAGUGAAUCUGGUGCAAUGAUUACAGCGCAAAACUCCAUAGGUUCAAGGCAAUCAAUUACUGGACCGCUAUUUCGAAAGAGUCAUAGCAGAGAUUCCAUGUCCAGAAACAGAAUAAAACGCCCAGCCCAUGAGAUUGACGAUCAAUUCCGUCCCUCAUCUUCAACACCACAUCCUUACGUUGGAGUCAACAAUGAGAUCAGCCCACCACAGGCCAGAGAUCUAAGGCGGUUGACAAAUGAACAAGUAGCCCAAAUUGAUGACAACAGAGAUAUCGGAUUCAGACUUGGAACCGAACAGCGAUCCCAUAACACUGUAGAUGAAUCCCUUCCUGCUUUGUCAACUCAAAAUCACCAAAUCCAAGGUGAUAAAGCCAGUGUCCUUCCACACCCCAUAGGUUCAUACUGGUCGGAUCCUGAAGUAUUAGCACAGAGGGCUGAUAUCACAUCAAGUGUUGUGGAUAUACCUGAAGAUAGUGCUGUGGCAAGAGAAGUGAAUGAAAAAGAGCCAUAUUGUCUCUAG